CCUUUCAUUUCUUUUCUAUUCAGUCUGUCACUGGUUUCCUGGAGUAUCAUUAAACUGAUUUUGCCAGUGGUAACUGCAGAGUUUGAAAUAUGUCCGACUACCAGCCUGACAUAAUAAUCUCCUGAGAUCAAAUCAGACUCCAGUCGCAAUUACCAGCUGUGACAGUCACCCCGGGAUUUCCACGGCCUAGUCCCAGGCUUCUGCAGGCAGCCAGCAUUGCUGCAAUGAUUGACCCUCACCAGAGAGUCAAGGAAUGAAACCACAGGAAAACAGAACUGUCUUGGGAUGGUUACCUCUAAGGUUGAUUUGUACUUCCAGCUCUUCCCCUUUGACACCCUCCUCUCCAGCUACAAUGAUGUGGUUCUUGGAAAAGAUCCGAGGGUCACAUGAAAAUGGAAACCUCUCCAGCCCCUCCUUCCUAGGACUGUCACCUGGCCAAAACCCACCAGAAAAAGCCCAGCUGAGGGCUGCUGCUUUUCCCAAUGUGCUAACCCCGGACAGAAUACCCAAAUUCUGCAUUCCUCCCAGACUGAACAGUUCUGUUGCUAUUAAGGGCCCUGGCUCCUGCCAGGACCACAAUCUGGAGGAUGCAGAUCUCGAUUCCUCUGACUGCAGCCUGAGCCCUUCUCUGCCACAUCUUAUCCAGGUGGAAAGUGCUGAAGAGAUCCCAGCCCCAGAGGAGGAAAGCACCAAUUCAGACCCACAGUCCCAAGCGGCGCUCUCCCUGCCUCACUUUCCCCGAGCCCCUACUUCCUAUGGCUUCUGCACUUUGCUGGAGAGUCCCCACACCAGGAGAAAGGAGUCCAUCUUCCAUGGUGACACGUGUGGUGCUCUGCCCAGCCUGAUGUUGCCCCGAUCCAGAGCUAACACAUUCAGUGGCAAAGGCAAUAUGUCUAAUCCUGUUGCUAUAAGCUUUACUUCUGUGAGGUUACCUCCCAAACACCUGUCCCUGCACAGGCAAGGCACCUGCGACAGCGAUACUGCCUCCUCCAGCGACUCAUCUCCUUUCAGCUCUCCGCUUCUCAAUAGAUCUCCUCCCAGAUCCUGCUCUCUGAUCAAAACACAGAGUCAGGAGGGAUUGCUGUGCCGAGCACUGAAAGCCAGGAACAAAUCCAGCAUGGUCAGGAACAAUUCCCUGUCUACAGAGGAGAGCAGUUCCACUGAUAACAGCCCCAGUGCCAUCAGGCGGGCUUCGGAGGGGCUUCUUGCCACGCGAAGCUUUAGCACGUCCUGUUCUCCCAUCUUCUCCCUGGACCUUACCCACAGCCGAGAGAGACUAGUGGGAGAAAGCAUGGUGUUAAUGGACCGGGGAGGUAUGUUGAGACUGUCAGCGGAAUACUGCUCAGAAAACGAAAGGCUGCGCAUCCGCCUGAUCAGUGCUGAGGGUUUAUACGAUGACUCUGUAGAGCCCAAAAACAUAAACUGCUGUAUCACCUUCUCCCUGGUGCCAGGGAAAAAACAGAAGCAGAGAAGUACUGUUAUAAAGAGAAGCAGAAAUCCCAUCUUUAAUGAGGACUUCUUUUUUGAUGGCAUUGCAGAAGAAGAGCUAUACAGCCUCUCUGUGAGGAUGAAAGCAAUGAAUAAAGGGUGCAACAUGAAAAGGGAUUACACCUUAGGAGAACGAGAAUUGUCUGUAAUGAGUAUAUUGUCCCUGUAAUGCUUCAAACAAGCUGAAAGACUCUUUUUGUGUUCUGAAAGUUUUCUAUUAAAUAAAAGUUUUGAUUUGUUCUUCUUAAAG